AUGAAGGUUCAUGAGAAAAGAUCUCAUGCUCGUCAACCUGCUGAGGAGGAUAGAAUGGUAACAAGGAAACAGAAGGCAGAGAGCAAAGGGCACGAGGAAGGGCAGUCGCCCAAGAAGGCGAAAUCAGAGAAUGACAAUGACCGGAAUAAUGGAAAAACAACUUCUGGGAUAGCAGCAGAUUUCGACAAGUUCUGUAAAGCUACGAGGGAGCAUCUGUCUAUCGAACAAAUGCGCGGAAUACUUGAAGCAAAUGGCCAAGAUCCUUCUGGUUUGGAUGAUGCUGUUGUCCCCAUAUGCCAAGACAUUCUGUUUUAUGGUCCACUUGCUAACUGUCCAAUAUGUGGUGGCACAUUGGUAUGCAACGGUAAGGAAUAUACCUGCACGGGAGAAUAUAGUGAGUGGUCAAGUUGCACCUAUACGACUAAGAAUCCACCAAGAAGGAAUGAGCCCCUGGAGAUACCUGAAUCUGUUGAGAAGUCUCCGGUUUCUGAUUUGAUAAAAAAGAAACAUCAAGAUUCAAACAGCCGCCCCCAGAGGGAGUUGGCUUCGGCUGAUAAACCAUUUACAGGAAUGGUGAUUUCUCUGUCAGGCCGUCUAAGUCGAACGCAUCAACACUGGAGAUCAAAGAUUGAGAAGCACGGGGGGAAGGUUGCCAACCAUGUUAUUGGGGUCACUUGCCUAGUUGCAUCAUCGGCUGAGCGAGAACGUGGUGGCUCUGGCAAAUUGGCUGAGGCAAUUGAGACGGGGAUACCUGUUGUUAGAGAAGAAUGGUUAAUUGAUAGCAUUGAGAAAAAAGAAGCACAACCCUUGGAUGCUUAUGACAUUGUGAGUGAUCUGGCUGUAGGCGGUAAAGGCAUUCCUUUGGACAAGCAGGACCCAAGCGAAGAGGCAAUCGAGACUAUUGCGGCCGAGCUAAAUGUUUAUGGAAAAAGGGGUGUCCAUAAGGAUACAAAGUUGCAGGAUGAGGGUGGGAAGAUAUUCGAGAAAGAUGGUAUACUGUACAAUUGCGCUUUUACUCUUUGCAAUCAAAAACGAGGAAACAACUUCCACAUUAUGCAAUUAAUCAUUGUACCUGAAAAUCGAUUACAUAUGUAUCAAAAAAGGGGAAGAAUUGGUGACAUUGAGAGGGCAGAUGAUCAGCUAGACGAAAGGGAAAACAUUGAUAAUGCAAUUAUGGAGUUUGUUAAGAUUUUCGAGGAGGUGACUGGGAAUGAGUUUGAGCCGUGGGAAAGAGAGAGGAAAUUUGAGAAGAAGCCCGGCAAGUUCUAUCCCCUUGACAUGGCCGAUGGUGUGGAAGUUAGGCAUGGGGGAAUUGGCUUUAGGCAACUUGGAUUAGCAGUUGUGCAUAGUAAGCUUGAUCCGAUGGUGGCAAAUUUCAUGAAAAUCUUGUGCAGUCAAGAGAUUUAUAGAUAUGCUUUGACGGAGAUGGGACUAGAUUACCCAGAAUUUCCCAUCGGAAUGCUCUCAGAUGUGCAUUUGAAUAGAUGUAAGAGUUAUCUCCUGGAAUUUGUUGAAAAUUUGAAAUUUAUGGAGGAGUCCGGACCAAAGGCUGAGGCAUUUUGGACUGAUUUCAGCCAAAGAUGGUUUAUAGUUUUUCCCUCUACAAGGCCUUUUACAUUCCGUGACUUGGGUGAUCUAGCAGAGCAUGGUGCAGCUGCGUUUGAAACUGUCAGAGACAUUACAGCAGCUUCCUAUGUUAUAGGAGACAUGUCUGAUGGUAUUGUUGAUGAUCCUCUCUUUGAUCGGUAUAAGAAGCUGGGAUGUUCUAUUUCUACUCUUGACAGAGAUUCAAGUGACUACAAAAUGGUAGUAAAUUAUCUUGAGAGGACCUAUGAACCUUAUAAAGUUGGAGAAAUUAAUUACGGCGUCUCUGUUGAGAACAUCUAUGAGGUUGAACCAAGUGCAUGCCCCUCUCUUGAAGAAAUAAAGAAGUUACCAAACAAAAUGCUCCUGUGGUGUGGUUCUCGAAGUUCAAAUCUACUGAGGCACUUGCACAAAGGUUUUCUGCCUGCUGUUUGUUCACUGCCUGCUCCCGGUUAUAUGUUUGGCAGGGCCAUUGUCUGCUCUGAUGCUGCAGCAGAAGCAGCUAGAUAUGGUUUUACAGCUGUUGAUAGACCAGAUGGUUUCCUAGUACUGGCUGUAGCAUCCUUAGGGGAGCAGAUUCUUGAAACUAGUAGCCCACCUGAGGAUACAGAGUCCCUGGAAGAGAAGAAGAAGGGGGUGAAAGGUCUGGGUCGAAAGAAAACCGAUGAAUCAGAACACUUUGUGUGGAAGGAUGACAUCAAGGUGCCUUGUGGCCGCCUAAUUCCCUCGGAGCACAAAGACAGUCUUCUUGAGUACAAUGAGUAUGCUGUCUAUGAUCCACAGCAGGUAAGCAUAAGGUUCUUGGUGGGAGUUAAGUAUGAAGAACAGGAUGUGGAGUACGACGUACAGGAGUAG